AUGGAUCAUAUCUUCUUUGAGUGUUCAGAGGUAAAGGAUGUUUGGCUUGGCACGUUAGACCUCUCACUACAAGCUCAAGUAAGUUUUGAAUUGUGGCUCUCCUCCCUCUUUGAACAAUCUGAUGCCGCAAAAAUUUGCAAAAGUCUAGCGAUAUGCUGGAAUGUGUGGAAAAGACGCAACGAAUGGGUUUGGAAUAGGAGGCUGUGGUCGAUGGAAAUGCUGAAGCAAUCGGUGGAUAGUUGCGUGUUGGAAUGGCAGUCGUACAGUGCAGCCUCAUCCCCCAAAAUCAGCAAUCAUACGACAUUGAGUAGCAGUUUAGUAGUUCCGCCUCUGACUUGGGUAGUGAAGGUGGAUGCAUCUCUACAGCAGAAUGGUGAUAUUGGUUUCUACGGGGUUGUGGUCUUUGAUGAUGGCGGGAGAUAUGUGGCAGCCAAAAGUGGUCUUAUCCGCUGUUUGAAAGACCCCCAUCUUGCUGAAGCCAUGGCUAUCAAGGAAGCUCUAUCUUGGAUACUCUCACAAGGCUGGCGAAAAGUUAUUAUCCAUUCGGAUUGUCAGAUGGUUUGCAGGUUUAUUAAUCAUGAUCUCCCGGAUUCCUCAUAUGCAGGCAAUAUUAUCAAUCAAUGA